UGAACGCAUCGUUCGUGGGUACGUCAGUGUAGUAAUUUACGCGCUGGAAAAGCCUUUCGAUCAAAGUUUCGAAUAUCACGCUGUUUUGGUCGUUCAUUCGAAAGAUAUGGAUCUCAACAAAGACGCGCAUAAAGCAUCUCAAGCUGCGGAGAAGGAAACGCAAAAAAAUUCAAUCAAUGAGAAUCACCACAGUGCAGUGCCAAUUGAUCCUCCACCACCUUAUAAUGAAGCCAUAAAAAUCCAUCCGUAUCAAGAUUCAAGCUACUCAGCACCUCUACCGUACGCACCCUCAUUAGAACCAAAUAAUGCGAUUUCUUACCCUAGCAAUAAUUUUGUACCUAACAACUUUCCACAAUCAGGUAAUUCUACGAUCACUUGCGUAUGCAGUUAUGCUCCAAUUUUUUUUUUUUUUUUAAUGUUAAAAACAAUAUAAAGAGCAAACUUGAGUAAAACUUAAAUAAUAACAAUAUGUAGGUGUGCCAAAUGAUGGAAGAUUUCAGCAAUGG